AUGAAGUACCAGUGUCCACUUUGCCCCAAGAAAUUCACUUCCAGAAACAUGCUGAGACAGCACACCGGCACUAACGACGCAGCCCUCCGCCGUGCCCACCUGUGCACCAAAUGCGAGCAGACGUUCUGCAGCCAGAGGGCGAUGGAGCAACAUCGCGACGCUCCAUCUCACGAUACCAUGUUCACCUGCGACGUGUGUAAGAGGCCUUUCGGAAGUAGGCAGGCUGUGGAACAGCACAAUAAGAAGUCUUCACUACACGCGAGAAGGCUGGCUCAGGCAAAUCUUGCAGUUGGAAAUGUGGUAGGUGCGUCGUCGAACCCGCGAAAUAUGGAAUCCCUUGAACGAGCGACGCCCUCCACUCCGAUCAAGGAAGGCACGCGUAGCAGUUCCGACAGCUGGGAAGAGUACUCCGAUGACGAAGACAUUCUGGCGGAAGAUCGCCCCGGAGCGGUCUGGGACGAGGACCAGAACUGGGCGCUCUGUGAUACAGAUUGUGGAUGGUGCGGACAUUGUGCUGAUGGAAUGGAUUACUGA